UACAGGUUAGUUCAAAGAUCCAUUAUGAUUCAUUUUUUCGUGUGUUUUAUAUGUUUGUGCUCAGUGAAAUCUGUGUUUACACAAUGUGAUGAUGAAACAAAUACAAAAUUCAACAAAAAACUUGAAGAUGCUAAAGUUCGCGUUUUCGAUAAACUACUCGAUGAAUACGGAGAUAUCGUCGGGCAACUGGAAACAUUGCUGGAUAAAUUAUCAGCAGCCACAGAUAGGGCUAAUCAGAAUAUGAGCGACUAUGAAAUAAACAAUCAAAAACUGAAGAAGUUCAACAAAAAACUCGACUCAAGACUGGAGGCAAUGUAUGAACGUUUGAAGGAUUUGGAAGAGGAAUUCCAUAAUUUGAAUGAUUCGACGCUAGAUCAUGGAUUAUUCAAAGAAAAUAUUGAUGUUCCUUCCACAACAGUGAAACACCUCGAUGAAGUUGAGAAAAAAUUGAAAAGUUGGCAAGACUUCGUUGAAAAGAACAAUAAGGAAAGUUUGGCUGAUGACAUUAUGAAUAUACCAUACAGUGUAUCAGAUGACAUCACUUUUUUGGAAACUAUCUUAGCAGAGGAGAAAGAAGAUACGGAUUGUUUAGAGGAAAUUCAACAAGACCUGAAAACUCUUUUUGAAGAAUUAUCAACAUUGUUGAACUUCAAUAGCAUGUCUGAUGAAAUGAAGCAAAUUUCGAAGAUGUCAGAUGUAAAUAGAAAAUCUGCUGAGGACCUGCUCAACGAUACACAAAAUAUAUUGAAGAAAGAGUUACAACUUUUUGAAACUUAUGAAAGAGCAAACGAAACUGUAAAAUUAGCUGAAGAAAUCGAAGCCCUCAAGGACGAAAUAAACAAUUUACGCCAGAAAAAGCCGAAUAAUGGAACAAUAGAUUUAACCAAUCUGAACAAACUUCUGCAGCAAUUGAAAAAAUUCGAAAUCAUCGAUUUCAAUAUUGAAGAAGUGGAAGAAGAAAUAUAUAGAUAUCAGACGGUAACAGAUUGUUACCUGCAAUAUAUUGAUGGUUGUCAUAUUAAAAAAGCAGCAGACAAUGUAUCAUUGCCUGAAUGCGUUAAAUGUUAGGUUUCUUCUUCUACGCAAUUAGCAACAAACGAACAAACACUGCUGACAAGAUGCUGGGAUGCAUAUUCUUUAGGGCUAAGUGUGAAAUACUAGUGUUAUUAAGGGAUCAUUAUCGUCAUUGUUUUUCAAAAAAGAAACUUUUUUAUUAUUCCUUAGAUGCGUUUCAAAACCAAUCCCAAUGCGAUUAGCAUAAUUAACAUUAUUCGAAUUGUAAAAAAUGAGGAUCAAGUAAUCUGUUAUCUAAUAUUAUCAAAAAAUAAUAAUAUUUUUUUUUUGUUCAUUAUGUUACGAAUAAAGAUAGUUA